AAAUUGCAUCACUUUUCAAGAUUCCUUGAAAUUCUUCUUAAACUUCUUCUUCUUCUACCUGGUUCGUUAAUUUGAGGCCAAGUGUUCCUGCUUCUUUCGGUGAUAGUCUCUCUCAUCGCGAUCUUUCGAAAACCCUACUUUCUUUCUCUCUCUCUCUCUCUCUCUCUCUCUCUUCUGAAGCUGCUCGGAAGUUUCGAAUUCGAUUCCAGCAUGAAUUUCAGUGAGCUCAAUUCGGCGCUGUGAUCCGCACAACCAUGUGGUUUUCCUUCUGGAGAUCCAGAGAUCGUUUCACCUUGGAUCAUCUCAGGUACUUAACUGAUCAAUUGGCGAAAGUUCAGAUAGUAAACGAGGUUAAUAAGGAUUUUGUUAUUGAGGCACUGAGAUCUAUUGCGGAGUUGAUAACAUAUGGUGACCAACACGACCCAAGCUUUUUUGAAUUCUUCAUGGAAAAGCAAGUUGUGGCAGAGUUUGUACGUGUUCUUAAACUUAGCAGAACCGUUAGUAUUCCACUUCAGUUGCUACAGACAGUGAGCAUUAUGAUCCAGAACCUAAGAAGUGAACACGCUAUAUGUAUGUUGAUUGCCAAAUACAGUGUUCCCUAUUAUGCAGUUACAUUGGUUUCUCGGCUAGAUUUAACAAUGUUGACGGGCAAAAUAAUCGUCUUUUUUGUACCUUUUGCAGAUUAUAUGUUUAGUAAUGAACAUAUGAACUACCUAAUUACAUAUUCAUUCGACUUUCACAACGAAGAGCUAUUGUCAUACUACAUAUCCUUUUUAAGAGCAAUAAGUGGAAAAUUGAACAAGAAUACAAUUUCUCUGCUUGUGAAGACUCGCAAUGAUGAAGUAGUUUCAUUUCCACUGUAUGUUGAGGCAAUACGCUUUGCCUUUCAUGAGGAGAACAUGAUUCGCACUGCUGUACGUACUGUGACCCUUAAUGUUUAUCAUGUUGGGGAUGAAUGUGUUAAUAGAUAUAUAACCAGUGUACCUCACACCGAUUACUUCUCGAACCUGGUUUCAUUUUUUAGGAAUCAAUGUAUGGAUUUAAAUAGACUGGUCUCUGAAACACUCAAAAAUCCAUGCCCAGAUUCAACUUCUACAAUUAUUGCUGCUGUAGAUGAAAUUGAGGAUAACCUGUAUUACUUUAGCGAUGUUAUCUCUGCUGGAAUUCCUGAUGUUGGGAGGCUAAUAACAGACAGCAUUUUGAUGCUUCUGAUUUUUCCGUUACUUCUUCCUUCCCUGAGAGUAGUGGAUGCUAAUGACAUGCAAAGUGGUGUUGUCACUUCUCUCUACUUACUUUGUUGCAUCUUAAGGAUAGUCAAGAUCAAAGAUUUGGCAAAUACCAUAGUCGUUGCUCUUUUUUAUCCCUUAGAGACCUUUACAAGAUUUUCUAGGGGUAAAGUCAAUGGCUAUAUCUCUGAAUUUGGUCUUACAUCCGUAAGCCAAGAACCAGAUGAUGAUAAUAUUGCCAAGGGCAAUGCAGGAUGCUUGACAGUGAAUGUGCCAAACUCUUCUAGUUCUUCAGGUUUCAACCCAGAAAGUGUUAUGUCAGAAGAUAAUUGUAGCAGUUCAAAUUUGGCUUUAAGGGAGGUUUUGCUUUCAUAUGUUACUAAAGGGGAUGAUGUACUAGUUUGGGGUUCUUUGAGUGUUCUUGCCACUCUACUGCAAACUAAAGAACUUGAUGAAUCAAUGCUAGAUAGGCUUGGAAUUCUUCCACAACGCAAACAGCACAAGAAACAGUUAUUGCAAGCUUUGGUUGGUGAGGCUUCAGGUGAAGAGCAACUUUUUUCUUCUGAAAAUAGCUUGAUGAGGGAUGGCAGUGGAUGUGAGCUUGAUGUCUAUCUUGAAAAGAUCAAGGAGCAAUAUGGGUUAUCUUUUCUGCCUUCUGAUUUUCUUAUGAGCCCUCGUGUGCCUAGAUUUCAGGUGCUCGAUGCAUUAGUGAGUCUCUUUUGCCGUUCUAAUAUAUCUGCAGAGACACUGUGGGAUGGUGGUUGGCUUUUACGCCAGUUGCUUCCUUACAGCGAGGCAGAAUUCAAUAGUCAUCACCUGGAAUUGCUGCAAGUUUCAUACAAGAAUUCUGCUACUGCUCUUGUAAAGGAGGUUAGAGGUUUCUGGCCCGAUCUUCUUAUUACAGUUCUUUGCAAUGAGUGGAGAAAAUGCAAAAAAGCAAUGGAGUCAUCAUACCCUCCUAAAGAACCAAAGUGCAUACUUUUUCCUUCUCAGAUGCUAUCUUCAGAAGAAGAUAUACCUGAGGGCUCAUCAUUUGCUGCUGGAGAAAAAAUGCAUGAACUAGUGAAGGUAUUUGUAGUUCUGCACCAGCUUCAAAUAUUCACUCUAGGUAGACCUUUGCCUGAGAAACCUCUUAUUUAUCCUCCUGGUGAUCUCCCAGCAAAUUCUCGUGCCCAAACUUCUGGACUUGAUGUUUCAGGCCCAAAACCAGGAACUGAAGUCAGCCUUGUUAAUGCUGUGCCUUGUAGAAUUGCUUUCGAAAGGGGCAAAGAGCGCCAUUUUUGCUUUCUAGCAAUCUCUGCAGGAACAUCUGGGUGGCUUGUGCUAGCAGAAGAGUUGCCAAUGAAGAAGCUCUAUGGAGUUAUUCGGGUUGCUGCACCUUUGGCUGGGUGCAAUCCCAGGAUUGAUGAUAAACACCCAAGAUGGUUACAUCUGCGGAUCCGACCAUCUUCUUUACCUGUUCUGGAUCCUGCCAAGUUCAACCCCAACAGGAAAUUAAAGACAAAAGCUUUUGUCGAUGGAAGAUGGACAUUGGCGUUCAGGGAUGAGGAGUCUUGCAAGUCUGCUUUAUCCAUGAUUCUUGAAGAGAUUAAUUUUCUGAGUGAUGAGGUUCACAGAAGACUAAAGCCUUUGCUUAACCUUGAAACCGCGUUGGAUUUAUCAGGCCCAGAGGAGGAUUCCUCUUCACAUUCAACAACACCUCCCAAUUCGGUGUAAGGUCUUUGACUUUAUUUGCAAUAACAUGUGGUUUUCUAUUCAAGGGGUGGGAAAUUAUUAAGUCGGUCACCCUUUUUUUGUAUAUCCUCCAAAUAGACAUACCAAAUUUGUAGAUUAGCUACUGUGGUUUAGUAUCAUUCUUUUUGUAUAUUAGUCUUUUCCUUUUGCUGCCUUUCAUUCUUUAGGAGCUCUAACCUAGGCCCCAUAUUUUUGUUUGUAUUACAUUGUUGCUAAGCUCUGUAACAAAUGUAUAUUUGAGGGAACCCCGUAAAGUAAGUUUUAUUCCUUCUUGUCCAGACAAGUGUCUCUAUUUAUUUUAACGAGCUAUUGCUUAAUUAUAUGGAUUAUGGAAUGAUGAUAGGUCUGGCUAGCCAACGAUUCGUUUCA